AUUUAUUAUUUAUAAUUUAUUAAAAAUACAGAAAUAUGGCAAAUAAUAUUAAAAAAUUAACUAUUGGAUUAUUAAAAUGUGAUACAUUCAUACCUGAAGUUAAAGGUAAAUUUGGGGAUAUUGAUCAACAAUUUAGAAAUUUACUUAGUACCAAUACAUUAUCCACAAAAAUUGAAUUACCAGUAUUUGAAGUUGCAGAAAAUCAAUUCCCAAGCAAAGAGGAUAUAUUAAAUAAAAAAUAUAAUGGUUUUAUUAUAACAGGUAGCAGAUCAUCGGUGAACGACGACAAUGAAUGGACUAAUACAUUAAAAGACUAUAUCAGAUUCUUUUCAGAAAAUAAAAUAAAAACAGUUGGAAUUUGUUAUGGUCAUCAAGCAAUUGCAGUAGCUAUGGGCGGUGAGGUUACAACAACAUCAAAAGGUUGGGCCGUAUCUGACCAUCCAAUUAAAAUCGUUGAAAAAAAUAGUUUUGAAAAGCAACAUCCAAAAUCAUUCAACGAUUUAUUCAAUGGUAAAUCAAACAAAGAUAGCAUAAAUAUUAUUUUUUCAAACAAACAAGUAGUUUCAAAAACACCAGAAGGAUUUGAAAUAUUUGCAUAUAACGACUACUCUACUAACCAAGCAAUGUAUAAAAAGGAUCAGUUUUACUCUUUCCAAGGCCAUCCAGAAUAUACACCAGAUUUAAUUAAAGAAAUUAUCUCAAGAAGAAGAGGUUUAAUUCCAGAUGAUGUAAUUGAAGAUGGUUUAAAAAGAGCAGAUAAAUCCAAUAUUGAUAAAUCAACUUUUUCAAAUAGUAUUAUUGAUUUCUUUUUAGAAAAACAACAAUAAAUAAAAUAAAUAAAUAAAACAAUGUAAUUUACAUAUAU